AUGUUCCGUCGUUACGCUCUCGGAUUCUCGAAUGUCGGAAGACAGCUCUCCACCAUGAAUCCCAGCGCUACCCCCCUCGAGGAUGCCAUCCGUGCCAAGGUCAUGGCCGCCUUCAGCCCUCAGACCCUCGAGAUCUACAAUGACUCUCACCUGCACUCUCACCACAAGGCCAUGCAAGGCAGCUCCUCCAAGGAAACUCACUUUAGACUCGUCAUCACCUCGGAAGCAUUCGCCUCCAAAAUGCAACCGGCCCGUCACAGGAUGGUCUACGCCCUGCUCCGCGACGAGAUGGCCAUCGAGGGCGGCAUCCACGCCCUGCAGCUCCGAACCCUGACUCCAGACGAGGAGCGGCGUCUCCAGAAGAAGAAGGAGGAGGCUGAGGCUGCCAAAGCCAAGGCUGCCGCCGAGGCUGACAACGCCGACAUCAAUGCCUCGGAGUGA